AUGUGUGGCUUCGGCGAUAAGGUGCUGACCGGCCAUUCUAGUGAGAUCGACACGUCUUUCUAUGUGCUCAUGGUCGACCUGUGGAACGCGGAAGGGACCAGCGAGGUAAACCUCGUCAAGCACUCCGCCACUUCUCCCUCGAUAUCGACGGCCAUGUCCUCCUCAUACCCCCCUCCGCCGCAUAGUGUCUCGCCUUCCUACCCGCCCUACGCGCAAAAUGCCUACGGCCAGCCUGUUGGAUACCCUCAGAUGAACAACUACUACGGUGGCAACCCCCAACUACAGUAUCAAAACCCGUAUGGAGCGAAUCCACAAGCACCCUAUUAUCAGCCUUACUAUGCCGGCGGUCACAUGCCGCCCACCAACAUUUCCCCGGCGCAGCCUGUGGCCUCUGGCCCUGGCGGCAUGUUCACGCGGAACCUCAUCGGCAGCCUCAGCGCCAGCGCGUUUCGCUUGACCGACCCGGAAAACAAGAUCGGAGUGUGGUUUAUCCUGCAGGACCUGAGUGUCCGCACAGAGGGCUCUUUCCGUCUCAAAAUGAGCUUUGUGAAUGUAGGCAGCCAGUCCGGCGAUUCCCCCAACGGGGUCUCCGUGAUCAACCACGGCUCUGCGCCAGUACUGGCCUCGGUGUUCUCCGAGCCAUUCCACGUAUUUUCGGCCAAGAAGUUCCCCGGUGUCAUUGAGAGCACACCACUGAGCAAAUGCUUUGCCCUCCAGGGGAUCAAGAUUCCCAUCCGCAAGGACGGAGUAAAGGGAUCUCGCGGGCGUCACAGCGACGGAGACGAUGCCGGGGACGAUUACGACUAA